AUGCUCGCCGUGAGAAACGCCCUGCGGCUCGGCUCCAGGCUGUCCAUCCCCGCCGUGGCGAGGAGAGGAUGCGCCGGAGCUGCCAUCCCGAUGGACGACGUGGUGAACGGGCUCACAGAGGACCAGAUACAGCUACGGCAAACAGUUCGUAAAUUCUGUGAGGAAAAGCUGGCACCCUACGCCAACGAGAUAGACAAGAACAAUGAAUUUCCAGGAAUGCGGGACUAUUGGAAAGACAUGGGGGAGAUGGGACUGCUUGGAAUCACUGCCCCAGUGGAAGAUGGGGGAACAGGACUGGGCUUCUUGGAUCACGUCAUCGUCAUGGAGGAAAUGUCACGCGUGUCAGCAGCCAUCGCGCUCAGCUAUGGCGCCCACUCAAAUCUUUGUGUCAACCAGUUGGUGCGUCACGCCAACCCCAAACAGAAGGAAAAGUACAUGCCAAAGCUAAUGACGGGGGAGCACGUCGGAGCUUUGGCCAUGAGUGAACCUAAUGCUGGAUCCGAUGUCGUCUCCAUGAAAAUGAAGGCGACAAAGAAAGGCGACCACUAUGUUUUGAAUGGCAACAAGUUCUGGAUCACAAAUGGGCCAGAUGCAGAUGUGCUUAUUGUGUAUGCAAAGACAGAUCCUGAAGCCCAUCAAAAAGGCAUCACAGCGUUCAUUGUUGAAAAGGGUAUGCCAGGAUUCUCCACCGCGCAGAAGCUCGACAAACUCGGCAUGAGGGGCUCCAACACCUGCGAGCUGAUCUUUGAGGACUGUAAAAUUCCCGAGGAGAACAUACUGGGUCCUCUGAACAAAGGCGUUUAUGUGAUGAUGAGCGGUUUGGAUCUGGAGAGGCUGGUCCUUGCAGCUGGGCCAAUUGGUAUCAUGCAGGGAGUUUUGGAUGCUGCUAUUCCCUACCUUCAUAUCAGAGAAGCUUUCGGACAAAAGAUUGGGCACUUUCAGCUGAUGCAAGGGAAGAUGGCGGACAUGUACACCAGGAUGAGCGCCUGCCGGCAGUAUGUGUACAACGUGGCCCGAGCAUGUGACAAAGGACACUUCAGUGCAAUGGAUUGUGCUGGAGUAAUCCUGUAUUGUGCUGAGAAUGCCACUCAGGUUGCUUUGGAUGGCAUACAGUGUUUGGGUGGGAAUGGCUAUAUCAACGACUACCCGAUGGGGCGGUUCCUGCGGGAUGCAAAGCUGUAUGAAAUCGGAGCAGGCACGAGCGAAGUGCGCAGAAUCAUCAUCGGGCGAGCCUUCAACUCCUUGUACAGAUAG